CUGAAAUCCAUCAUGAAGAAGAACGGUGCUGCUGACAAGCAGGGGAACAGAGGAGGAGCCAAGAAGAACCUCAAGUUUGUGGGAGUCAACGGAGGGUAUGAGACCACCUCCAGUGAGGAGGAGUCGAGCGGGGAGGAGAAGGAGGAGGCCGAGGAGGUGGACAGCUCUGAGCCCGAGGAGAUGCAGGAGGAUCAGGAGAAGAAGGAGCAGCAGGAGGAGGGAGCUGGAGAAUCCCAGGGCCAGGGAGAGGCCACUGCCACAGGAGAGAUGGCCCAGGGAACAGGAGCCCAGGCUGGGGAGAUAGAGGGCCAGGGAGACCCUCAGGACCCAGAGACCAGCCAGGCACUCCUGGAGGAGCAGCCAGAAGCAGGGGAGACGAUAGAUAAGGACUUCAUGGAGGCGUGUCACUACAUUAAGGAUCGUAUGGCAGAGGUGGCAACCCCUGAUAAAGAAAUGGUGAGAACAUUUUUCCUCUAAAGUCCAAACAGUAGUGCCUGAGGUUGGUCGCGCUGUUAAAGUCGCCACUCUUGUCACAUAAUGUGAUCCCCGGCCUGUGCGGGACUUCGACCCCACCAGUCUUCACACUAUGUACCCUCCAUCUGUCUCC